GACUCGAUUUCCCCUUGUGCCAUCAGCCCAGCUUCACGGGCGGUCCCCGCGGGUACGGGCUGGUGCCGGGGCCCGAGCACCCGGGCGGUGCUGAUGGCUCACUGUUCUCGACGCCCCGUGGUGCAGGCAAAUUGGGCAAGAAGCGGGCACUGUCCAUCUCACCCCUGUCAGACUCCAGCAUCGACCUGCAGACGGUCAUCCGCACCUCUCCCAACUCCCUUGUUGCAUUCAUCAACUCUCGCUGCGCCUCUGCCAGUGGCUCCUAUGGCCACCUCUCCAUCAGCACCAUCAGUCCAUCGCUGGGGUAUCAGAGUCCACCGUGUCAGCAGAAGGGCCAAGACCACCUGUACAGCCACCCCCCCCACCCCCCACCGUGUAGCUCCCACGAACAUCUCACCCCCCGCCCAGGGCUCCUGCACCAUGCCCCAGCUCGUGGAACCCUCAAGCGUUGCCAGCAGCUAAAGUUGGAGUGGAGCCUGAGCAGCCCUCUAACUGUCAAGUACCCAGAGGAGAGAUCUGAGGGCGACAUCUCCAGUCCAGCUUCCACAGGCACCCAGGACCCCUUGCUGGGGCUGCUUGAUGUUCGGGAAGAUCUGGAGAAGGAGGAUGGGAAACUUGAGUCUGAGACUGUAUAUGAAACCAAUUGCUACUGGGAUGGCUGUGCCAAGGAGUUUGACACGCAGGAGCAGCUGGUGCAUCACAUCAACAACGAGCACAUCCACGGGGAGAGGAAGGAGUUUGUGUGCCACUGGGCAGCGUGUUCCCGGGAGCAGCGGCCCUUCAAGGCUCAGUACAUGCUGGUGGUGCACAUGCGGCGUCACACGGGCGAGAAGCCUCACAAGUGCACGUUCGAGGGCUGUAGCAAGGCCUACUCACGCCUGGAGAACCUCAAGACACAUCUGCGCUCACACACGGGUGAAAAACCCUACGUGUGUGAACACGAGGGUUGCAACAAGGCCUUCUCCAAUGCUUCAGACCGGGCCAAGCAUCAAAACCGCACCCACUCCAACGAGAAGCCCUACGUGUGCAAGAUCCCGGGCUGCACCAAGCGCUACACAGACCCCAGCUCCCUGCGCAAACACGUGAAGACCGUGCACGGCCCCGACGCCCACGUCACCAAGAAGCACCGUGGAGAUGUGGUGCCCGGCCGCGCGGUGCCCGCCCACAGCGGCCCCUCCGACAUGAAGCAGGAGAAAGAGACAAAUGGCCCCACGGAGGCCCGGAAGGAUGAUGGCAAACUCUUGGUGCCUGACUUGGUCUUGAAGCCGCAGACCAGCCCAGGUGGGCAGUCAUCAUGCAGCAGCGACCACUCCCCGCUGGGCAGCACCACCAACAACGACAGCGGGGUGGAGAUGGCGGGCAACGCAGGCGGGAGCUAUGAGGAUCUCUCCACGCUGGAGGAUGUGGGGCCUAGUGAGCCUAUGGGCUCCUCAGGGCUCAUGGCUCUCCACAAGCUGGAGAAUCUUCGCAUCGACAAACUGAAGCAGAUGACGAAGCCAUCAGCUACCAAGGGCCUGAAUUUGCCAGCCAUCCCUGGAGCUG